AUGCGAGGGAUGCUGAAUUCGGCUGUGGGCCCGGAGGCCCCUGAUAGGCGCAACGGGUGGCCUGGGCGGCCCGACCUAGCGGCCGGUCCUCGAGCCUCGCGCGCCGGGCGCUUGCCGCCGGCUUUUUUUGUCUCCGCCUCUUCGGCCGCCCGCCGCUUGCGGACCACGAGCCGCGCGCGGGGACCUUGGCUCUGCCUUCGCGGGCGGGGACUGUGCGGGCCCACGGUACCCGAGAGAGGCGCGGCGGGCGACCGGCAGCGCCUCGGCCCCGCAGUGGAGCUCCGGACCGGCGGCUGGUGGCUGCUGUGCGCGGCCGCCGCACUGGCCUCCUGCGCCCACGGGGACCCUGCCAGCAAGAGCCGGAGCUGCAGCGAAGUCCGGCAGAUCUACGGCGCCAAGGGCUUCAGCCUCAGCGACGUGCCCCAGGCGGAGAUCUCCGGUGAGCACCUGCGGAUCUGCCCCCAGGGCCACACCUGCUGCACCAGCGCGAUGGAGGAGAACCUGGCCAACCGCAGCCGGGCGGAGCUGGAGACGGCACUCCUGGACAGCAGCCGCGCCCUGCAGGCCGCGCUGGCCGCCCAGCUCCGGGGCUUCGACGACCACUUCCAGCGCCUGCUGAACGACUCGGAGCGGGCGCUGCAGGACGCCUUCCCUGGCGCCUUCGGGGAGCUGUACGGGCACAACGCCGGGGCCUUCCGGGACCUGUACGCGGAGUUGCGCCGCUACUACCGCGGGGCCAACCUGCACCUGGAGGAGACGCUGGCCGAGUUCUGGGCCCGGCUGCUGGAGCGCCUCUUCCGGCAGCUGCACCCGCAGCUGCUGCUGCCCGACGACUACCUGGACUGCCUGGGCAAGCAGGCCGAGCCGCUGCGGCCCUUCGGGGACGCCCCGCACGAGCUGCGCCUGCGCGCCACCCGCGCCUUCGUGGCCGCCCGCACCUUCGUGCAGGGCCUGGGCCUGGCUGCCGACGUGGUCCGGAAGGUGGCCCAGGUGCCCCUGGGCCCCGAGUGCUGGCGGGCCGUCAUGAAGCUGCUGUACUGCGCGCACUGCCUGGGCGUGCCCGGCGCCCGGCCCUGCCCCGACUACUGCCGCAACGUGCUCAAGGGCUGCCUGGCCAACCAGGCCGACCUGGACGCCGAGUGGAGGAACCUCCUGGACUCCAUGGUGCUCAUCACGGACAAGUUCUGGGGCCCGGCGGGCGUGGAGAGCGUCAUGGGCAGCGUGCACCUGUGGCUGGCGGAGGCCAUCAGCGCUCUCCAGGACAACCGCGACACGCUCACGGCCAAGGUCAUCCAGGGCUGCGGGAACCCCAAGGUGAACCCCCACGGCGCUGGGCCCGAGGAGAAGCGGCCGCGGGGCAAGCUGGCGCUGCAGAAGCCGCCCGCAGGUGGGCUGGAGAAGCUGGUCUCGGAGGCCAAGGCCCAGCUCCGCGACGCCCAGGACUUCUGGAUCAGCCUCCCGGGCGCCCUGUGCAGCGAGAAGAUGGCCAUGAGCGCCGCCAGCGACGACCGCUGCUGGAACGGGGUGGCCCGCGGCCGGUACCUCCCUGAGGUGAUGGGUGACGGCCUGGCCAACCAGAUCAACAACCCCGAGGUGGAGGUGGACAUCACCAAGCCCGACAUGACCGUCCGCCAGCAGAUCAUGCAGCUGAAGGUCAUGACCAACCGGCUGCGCAGCGCCUACAACGGCGAGGACGCCGACUUCCAGGACGCCAGCGACGACGGCAGCGGCUCGGGCAGCGGGGACGGCUGUCCCGACGACGCCUGCGGCCGGAGGGUGGACAAGAAGGGCGCCGGCUCGAGGCCCGCGCUGACCCACGCCCUCCCCGGCCCGUCGGAGCGCGAGGGCCGGAAGACCUCAGCAGCCGGCCGGCCCCGGCCCUGCGGGGCCCUCCUGCUCCUGCUCCUCGCCCUGGGCCUCUCCGCGGCCUGGCCGAGGGGGCGGUAACGGCCCCGGGGACCGAGGCCAAGGACUGACUUUGCC